GUAAGGCUUGUCGAGGUGACCGCGAUCGUAAGACUUAUUGAAGUAUCCGCGACCGAGAUAAUCGCAGUAAUUUGAAACAAUGAACAAAACGUAAAUGCAACAUUAUGCAGUCUCAGAAUAAGCAAGACACUGAUACAGUACGAUAUGUUGUUACUGAAUCGCGAGACGUGUCUAUCAACAUGAAGGAACUAGAAGAAUUAGCAAUGGAGGUGGUAACUUAUAUGUUUCGCAAUUACGAUAAUAAAAAUUUCAACGAAGUCGCAUGUAGUUACGUGCGAUUGUCGUCCGAAUUUCAUCCCGAAAAGGAUGAUAAAAGAGCGGCGGAUUGGCUGUUCGUAUUGAAUACAUUGAAUUUUGCACUUUGGACCCAAAAGGAUAUGAAGGAAUGGAAAAUUAAUGGAUUAACUGGAUACCUGGCACUGUGCGCUGCUAUUAAAAGGGCUAUUGACAAUGGAAAACCAAUGUGGGAUCCUAAAUUUUAUACAACGCUAUCUACGACCGAAAUGAUACGUAUUUUCCGAGGUGAUGACAACAUUGUCAUUCCACGCAUAUCUCGAAGAUUAAUAAUUUUGCAUGAAGUUGGAAAAGUUUUGUUGAACUGCUACGAUGGUACUUUCGCAAAUUGUAUUAAAUCAUGUGAACACGAUGCCAUUAAGUUGAUGGUCACAAUUCACGAUAAAUUCCCGUCAUAUCGGGACAUAACAAAAUACGGCGAACGAUUAGUUCAAUUGUACACUAAGGCUUGGACAUUGGUAGCCGACAUAUGGGCCUACUUUGACCAGGAACAUGAACUUUGGAUUGAAAUAAAAGGAAUAAAGUAUUCUACAAUAUUCGUUGAUUAUCGUAUGCUUCAGGUUUUCAGUCAUUUCAAUGUUCUUGUUUACAGUAAAAAAUUCUCGGACGCACUCAAAAAAGAGGUCAAAUUCUUGACACAUGGGAGCAGAGAAGAAUUAGAGAUACGCUGUUGUUCACUCAUGAUAGUAAGAUAUCUGCAUCAAAUGUUGAUGAAAAUGUUCGAGCAAAAGAAAAUAAGACGAAUACCCGAAUUAGAGUUGCCAAGUUUCGAUUAUACGUGCUUGCUUGACAACUUUCUGUGGGACUAUCGACAAGUACAUGAUGAGCAAUUGAAGAAGAAUGUAUUAUGCAAGAUCUACACUGAGAACUAUUAG